AUGGACAUAGGAUUUGGCAACCAAAAAGAUUGCAUAAAAGUUGAAAUUUUAUGGACGAAACUCAUAAAACCAUGUUUACCUACUCCCCCUCACCUUCAAUGUUACAAGCUCUCGUUUUUCGACCAAUUAUCUGAGAAAGAACAUGUCCCAUUUCUUCUUUUCUAUGCUAAUAAUAAUUUCAUCAACAACUCUACCAUCGAUGAACGACUUGAGCAAUCCCUUUCAAAGAUAUUAACUCAUGUUUAUCCAGCAGCAGGAAGGUAUGACAAAGAUGAAUGUUCGAUUCUUUGUCUUGAUCAAGGUGUUUCCUACACUAAGGCAAAGGUCAAUUGUAAGCUUGAUAAUUUCCUAGAGAAAACACGCAAGGACCUUGGUCUUGCGGGUUUAUUUUGGCCACAUGAAAAUAAGAAUGUAGAUGAAACUAAUCUGAUGGUUUCACCUAUUGUCAUUGCCCAAGUAACCGAGUUUGAAUGUGGUGGUCUAGCAAUAUCAUUGAGUGGUUCACACCCUGCAAUGGAUGGUUUCUCAGAUUUUAAAUUUCUUUUCGAGUGGGCAAAAGUGUGUAGAAUGGGAACUCCUGUCGAGGAGAUUAAUUUUCUAAGCUUCAAUUUGAGUAACAUUUUUCCAACAAGAGAUAUAUCAGGACUUUUCAAGUCAACUUAUGAUCCAGUUAUAGAUAAAAAUAUUAUUGUUAAGAGAUUUGUCAUCCGUGAGGCUGCUAUGUCAAGGCUCAGAAAAAAGUACAUGGAUGAAUCAGAUGGAGGUUUGACUUUUCAACCGUCAAGGGUUGAAAUAAUUACAGCACUCCUUUGGAGGGCUUUAAUCCGCAUUUCAACAACGAUACAUGGGUAUGUUAGGCCUUCUCUAAUGGACUUUCCAUUGAAUUUGCGCUCUAAAAAUCUUUACCACAAGUGCACAAUUCUAUGGGGAAUUUUAGAAUCGAUGUUCCGAUAA